CUUUGGGCAAAUGCGGAAAGGGAUCACUUCGGAGACGGUCACUAACAUCGAGUGAUACGAACGAUUGCCGUUGGCAUCUGCAUCUGUAUCUGCAUCCGCGGCUGUUGUCUUUCAGCAAAGGUGCUUCGAUGGAACAAAGACCAUGGCGGUGGCGACCAGGCACGCCUUCGCACCGGCAAUGCGGCAGUGGAUAGCGUCUCGUCGAUACUGCAACACGAUGACUACUAGAACCGCUACCAGAUUCGACUGCGGAUUCUGUUUUUGUCGAACCGGCUGGAGAAACGGGUGCAACUGCGGCCGUCCUUGCGACAACACGAAGACUACUGUCGGUGCUGCUGUAGGUGCUGCUGUAGGUGCUGCUGUAGGUGCUACUGCUGGCUCCGUCCGUUCCCAUAGCCUUCGGUGGAUGGUGGCGGGAACCUCCGAGAAGACCACCGAGAACAAUGCCGCACUGCGAGACCAAACCACGGAACAGAAACGCGGGCACGGGAGCAACAGCACCGGCCGCCACCGCUCGAUGCCGGCGUCUCCCGACCGCCACAACCGCUGGAACGAGAUGUACCGCCGGCUCUUCCGGUACAAGGACCGCGUCGGGCACGCCAACGUCCCCCAGCACUAUCGGACCAGCGAAAAAGACCACCACCAAAAGCUCGGGAAGUGGCUGGACAAACAGCGGCAGCUCAAGGCGCAGGGGACGCUGGACGCCGGCAGGGAAGAACUCCUGGAAGACCUGGGGGUGGCCUGGGACGUCCAGUCGUGGAAGUGGGACAAGAUGUUUCGCUUGCUGGCCCGCUACCAAGCGGAGCACGGCCACGCCAACGUUCCGCAGAACUACACCGUAGAGGUGCGCACCGACAAGGCCGACGGUGGCGACGGCGACGAUGAUAGGCACGGCGAGGCAUCUCCGUCGUCCGCCAACCUCGGCGGGUGGCUCAAGGACCUCCGCCAGCUCAAGCUCGAGGGAAGGCUCGAUCCGACUCGGCAGGAAAAGCUGGAGGGCCUCGGCGUCGUCUGGGACAUGCAUUCCUGGCGGUGGAACCACAUGUUCCGGCUGCUCGUCCGUUACCGGGAGCGGCGGGGUCCCUCGUCCGUGAACACGAUGAAGCAAAGCCACAAGGAAAACGGAGAAAACCUGGGGCGGUGGUGUUCCAGGCAGCGAGAAUCCUUCAAAAAAGGCGACAUGGAUCCCGAGCGGAUUGCCGCGCUCGAAGAGAUUGGCUUUGCGUGGACGGUGGCGGCCUCAAACAAGGCGAGAAAAAAGAAAAAGAACUCUGCAAAGAGGACAAAAAAGUAACCAAGCAGUGCAUCGCAAUAACCAAAAGAGGGGGGG